AUGCGCCUCGUUCUCUUUGUAAUUAUUGGAUGUGGAAUAACGGUUCAGAAGGAAUCAGAAAACGGGGACUCAUCGAUAAAACCGUCUAUAGCUAUCGUCGGCGCCGGUAUCUCGGGACUAUCAACCGCGCGUCGACUGAUUGAGCUUGGAAUUGAUGACUUUGACAUUUUCGAGGGUCUUGACCGCAUCGGAGGAAGAAUUCAUGCAAUACCAUACAAGGACGGAUACCUUCAAAUGGGAGCGCAAUUCAUUAAUGGAGCGGAUAACCCACUUUACAAGAUUGCUGAUCGACUUGGAUUGAUAUCAUAUGUGGUUUCGGAUACGGCUCAUAUCGAUAAUGCCAAAUUCGUUUAUGGUAAUUACAGUGUGAACGAGGAUGACAUCAAGCUAUUUCUUGAAUUCAUUCAACCGCUAGACCCAAAAUAUCGUCGAAUUGCAAAGUAUGAUGAAAGAGCUUCUCGACGAUAUACCUUCAAGGAACUAUUCACUGUCGAUUACAUGGACUUCUUAAAAAAGAAUAAUAUCACUGGAGAACGGAAGAAUGUAUUUGAUUCUCUUGUACGAUCAUUCCGGUCAUACUGGGAAUUCGAAUGGGCUGCUGACUGGUCCAAACUGAGUGUUCAAGUAUUGAAGGAAUGGAACGAUUAUGGCCGGGAAUGCGAAUCAUUCGGAACUAAUCGCAUUGGCUUCAAAGGAAUCAUCGACGACAUCGCAAGCGUCAUUCCACCAAAUGCCAUCAAGUUCAAUACUCGAGUUGAAAACAUCGCUCUGAACAGCGACACUGGAAAGCUUACAAUAACAACCAACAAGGGAAUUGUAGAACGGAAAUACGACUAUGUGGUAGUGACAUCGUCGUUGGGUGUACUCAAGAAGUAUCAUCAAACGAUGUUCACUCCAUCGCUACCCCGUCAAAAAAUUGAAGCCAUCGAAAAAAUCGGAUUCGGUGGAAGUUGCAAAAUUUUCCUCGAAUGGGACAAACCAUUCUGGUCCAACGACACUUACUCAAUUGCUCCGCUACCAAUAAAAGGGCUUGGAAGGGAUCAUCUGGAUCCGUUUGAGGAAGAAACUACGACUUUACAAGUUGUUGAUUGGGCUCCGAAUGUACUGAGUGCCUGGUAUGCUGGAAAAGGGCACGAGGUCAUCGACAACAUGAGCGAAGACGAGAUCCGAGUUCGCAUGGCAAAAACUCAACUAACGAAAAAUGAACUCUUGCUCGGAUCAUACUCAUACAUGACUCAAGUUCAAGCCCUCUCCCGAAUUUCUCAUUCCCAACUGGCGAUUCCCGUCAAACUCGAUGGUCGACCAAAAAUUUUGUUUGCUGGAGAAGCAACACAUCACAGACUUUUCCAAACGACAAUUGGAGGCUAUUUGAGUGGACGACGCGAAGCAGAUCGCGCGUUUUCGGAUUGGAAAAAAUUCGAAAAAGUUGGCAACAAGAAAAGGGACACAGUGAAUUGUACCCGAAUUCAGACCAUCACCUUCUAA